UCUUCUCAAUCUGUCCCUUCCGUUACGUAUCAGGUCAGACAGCGACGCACCAUGGAAGGGCAGCUCGUCGCCGCGCUUAGAGGAACACUGGAGCCCAACGUGGAGACAAUCCGAGCGGCAGAGCACCACCUCAAGCACGAGCUUCACGAGGACCCAUCGACUGGGCAAGCUCUGCUCAACAUCAUCUUCAGCUCUUCCGAGGGCGGCGUGAAUUUGGCCGUUCGCCAGGCUGCAGCGGUCAAUCUCAAUGCUUGGAUCAAGGAGAGGUGGAGCGCCUACUUUGAUGAGUUUCGAGGCUUCGGUGCAGGGAAAGAGGUUUUGCCGCUCGAGCUUAAGCCGCCGAUCCGCGAGGCGUUGCUACGCGGUCUGGUACUGGAGGACUCCAAGCUGCGGGGGCCCAUGAGCAAGGCCUUGGUCAAUGUGGCGGCUUGCGACUGGCCAGACGAGUUCCCUGACCUCGUGCCUCGGAUCAAGGCGCUAUUGCAGGGCGGCACGCCCGGGCACAAUCAGGUGGCCGAGGUGGGUGCCCUGGCGUUUCUCGACGAUUGGAUCAAUCGAGACAUCGACGAGGUGGGACUCAUGACGGUGACGAGGGAGCUUCUUCCGGAUCUCGAGCGGAUCUUGGGUCAAGCUGGGACCUACCCAGCGACGGUCCGAUGCCACUGCAUCAGCAUCUUCAACCAGCUUCUCGAAACCCUCCUCAUGGUCCGUGAGACUUUUGUCGAGGCUUCCAAGGCGGUUGCCGACGACCUCCUUCCCCGGUGGCUCACGGCGCUAGAGGGUCUCGUCGCCUCGGACUCCACGCCCUCCAGCCUCCAGACCUUUGAUCGUUCCGUCGGUGAAGAAGCGGCCUUGCAAGUGCAGGCAUGGAACGUGCUCCGAACGGCCUGCCACUUUACAGGCCACUUUAAGCCAAGGGCUCGAUCGCUCGUAGAGCUGGCUCUGGAAAGACUGAGAGCCCUUCUUGAGCCAGUUGAACGCUUCCACAUCUCGCCAGCAGAGGAGCAGGAAGACAUCGAAGAUGCAGCACCGUCUGAUGCCGUCUUCUUUGCUACACCCUCUGAGCUAGCCAGGUCCAUCAUUGAUUUCGUGGGCGUUGCGGUCGACUAUCUCCUUUUUGCCGCCAAGAAGGACCGGACAGGGUCGUCGAUCGAGGGACUCACACCGGCAGUCGUGUCCUUGCUCCGGUCCUACUCGCAGGUGACAAAGUCCGACGAGGAGGAAUGGUCGGAGAACGUGUCUACUUUUGUCGCGGCGGCCGAGGACGAAGCUCUGGGCGCUCUGGCCUCGUCCACGAGAGCACGAUGUCUCGAUGUCGUCGCCGAGAUGCUGGCGAGAAGGCAAGGACAGACGAUGGCUGCCCUCGAUGAGGCAAUGCGAGCAGGUCACCAACGUGGGCAAAGUAAGCGAAAAGAGGGGGUGGCAGCCUGGUGGAAGGAGGAAGAGGCUGGUCUGGCUCUCAUCGGGGGUGUCGCAGAGGACAUCGUCGAGCAGCUGCAAGAGGGUGCCCCAUCGACAUCAUUCAACCUUGAGAGCAUCUUUACGCAGAGCGUCCUGCCUCACAUUCAUCCCGAAUCACCACCUUUUCUCUAUGGCCGAUGCUUUGUCUUUGCAUCGCAGUUCGCUCCGGUCCUGCCACAGGCCCUUGCAAGGCAGUUCCUGGACGCUGCUGUCAACGUCAUCGAGGAGGCGUCAACUUCGUCCGAGGGACAGGUCAUCGUCAAGCUGUCAGCUGUUCGAUGCUUGAAGAACUUCCAUCGGCACCUGCCAGAGGACGUGGUAAGGCCCUAUACCGGCCGCAUUCUCUCUCAACUCGGUCCACUGCUGUCCAACGCCACGGAGGACACCCUAAUCCUCAUCGUCGAGACUCUUCAAGCCGUCGCUGUACAGAGUGAAGGCCACCUCGUCGAUCCUGCCGCCGCCGGAGUGCCGCCACAGGUCUAUGGCGAGAUCGUCGCCGAAUCUAUCAAGGCAUGGGCAAAAGAAGCAAAGGACCGCAUGCUACAAUCCGUCGUCGAGGAUCUCGUAGAAGCAUUCUCGGCGCAGAAGAGCGAAACUAUUGCCAUUGAUGUUGUCGAUCGAGUCGUGCCCAUGCUCGCUCAUCUUCUCUCGCCAGACAUACUUGCCCAAUCAUCGGCCGGUGGCGGUGUCCUAGUCGAGGGCUCCUUGGAAUUCGCUGAUGCCAUCGCCCGAGGUGCCAAGCCCGAGGUGCUGACUCGGAGUGGCCUGAUUGGCGGCUAUUUGCCCCAUCUCUUCAGGGCCCUGGAAGCCGGCGACGAUCGUGAAGCUUUUACAAAUGGUGCUAGCUUCCUUUCUCACAUCAUCGCCAAGAUACCAGAACAAGUCUUCGAAUGGCAAGAUAGUUCGGGUCAGGGGGCCACAUCUCACAUUCUCGUCCUCAUCUCCAAGAUGAUUUCGACAGAGGACAGCUCCGAGAGCGGCGGGCUGGCAGUGGGCGACCUGCUGACUACGUUGCUGCGCAAGGCGCCCUCGCAGCUUCAAGACUCGCUCCCAGGCCUCUGCACUGCUCUCGUCGAUCGCCUUGCUUCUGCUCAGUCUUCUUCGUUGAGCCAGAGCCUCAUCAUCCCCUUGGCCUUCCUCAUGAACGACCAUGGACCAACGGUCAUUGCGCUGCUGCAGCAGCACAUGGUAUUGUCGCGGGGCGAAACGGGCCUGACAGUAUUGGCCAAGCAGUGGAUUGACCACGCAGAAACUAUUCAAGGCUUCUGGAACCAGCGAGUGAGCACCCUUGGGUUGUCGGCUCUGCUCAAGGCGAGGGUGCCGUCGCUCGAUCAGGUCAUUGUCAAUGGCGAUCUCAUUCCAGACGAUAGCAAUGUCAUUCGAACGAGAUCUCGAGCCAAGUCGACCCCUCAUCGGUACACACAGGUGCCCCUUCCGGCAAAGGCGCUCAAGGUCCUUAUCAAUGACUACCGUUCGGCGCAGACUGGUCCACCCAGCUCCUCGUCCACUCAAGUGCCCGGCCAGCGCGCCCCGACGCCCGACACGGAUGAUGGGAACGACGAGUGGGACGAUGACGAACCCAUAGACGGGGGUUUGAGGAAGGACGAACAGUUCCUGUCAGACAUGCUGGGCGAAGACCUCGAGGGAGGGCUCGAAGACUUGAUCGCUCAGCACGACGAGGAGGUGUACAAGGAUGAUGCCAUUUACAACAUGAAUCUCAAGGCCUACCUCGAAGACUUUUUCCGGCAGGAGGCGAGUCAGAGCGAUGCCGGCGCUCGAAUUGCCGCCUAUCUCACGUCCAACGAGGUCGAGCUUCUCAAGAAAGCGAUCUCCUAAUGUUCUACAAUACAAAUACCAUCUUCUUCUUCUGAUCCUAAUGCUUGAUGUAC